AUCUGAACAUUCACAUUUUCCUGAAACAAAGGUUAUAGAAUCACUGGGAAUUAUUAUUUAUAAAGCUCUGGAUUAUGGUUUGAAAGAGAAUGAAGAGCGAGAGCUAAGCCCUCCCUUGGAGCAACUGAUUGAUCGUAUGACUAAUACAGUGGAAGCAGAUGCGAGCAAAGAUGAAGGUUAUGAAGCUCUGGAUGAAGGUGUAGAUGAGGAACAUAAAGAGAAUAUUGAAGUUAUACAGUCAUAUCGAGAUGUCAUGAAGCUUUGCGCUGCCCAUCUGCCAACCCAGUCAGAUGCGCCAAAUCACUAUCAAGCAGUAUGCCGUGCGCUAUUUGCUGAAACAAUGGAGCUGUACACGUUCUUGGCCAGAAUUAAAAGUGCUAGAGAGAAUUUAAAGAAAAUGCAGGAAAUGGACAAAGAAGGAAAUGAGGAAUCCAAUACUGAUCUUGAUGAAUUAAAAACUGCUGAUUGGGCACAGUUUUGGGUUCAAGUUAUGAGAGAUUUGCGAAAUGGUGUAAAACUUAAGAAAGUUCAAGAACGUCAAUACAACCCUCUUCCCAUAGAAUAUCAGCUCACUCCAUAUGAAAUGCUAAUGGAUGAUAUCCGAUCCAAGCGCUAUACAUUAAGAAAGGUUAUGGUCAAUGGGGAUAUCCCUCCACGGUUAAAAAAGAGUGCCCAUGAAAUCAUCUUGGACUUUAUCCGGUCGCGACCUCCGUUAAAUCCUGCAUCUGCAAGAAAGCUGAAGCCAACUCCACCACGACCACGUAGCCUCCAUGAAAGAAUUCUGGAAGAAAUAAAAUCUGAAAGAAAGCUGAGACCUGUCUCACCUGAUGAGAUCAGGCGUAGCAGGCUAGAUAUACCCACAUCAAUGGCCUCCACAAGCUUAUCAGAAAGCUGUAUAGCAAAUGGCAACUUGGAAUCCAAAGCAAAGGUAAAUGGCGUAGGUACAACGAAAUUAACAGUGCAGCGGAAGAGACUUUUGAAAGCUCCCACUUUGGCUGAACUGGGUAGCUCAGAUUCAGAGGAGGAGUCUAUACACAAAUCAGCCAGUAGUGGUAGUAUUUCUCCCUCCCAGAUGGAAGAUAUAUUUCUAGAGACCACAUCUGGAAAAAAGGUGCCUCCAAAAUUCUUGCCAAUAUCAUCUACACCGCAGCCAGAAAGGAGACAACCCCCUCAGAGGCGACAUUCCAUUGAGAAGGAAACGCCAACCAACGUACGGCAAUUCUUGCCUCCCACAAAACAGAGCUCCAGAUCACUUGAAAACCCCCUAAUUCUGUUGUUGUUUGGUCUUAUGAGAGUGAGGAGACUUCUUGUUCCAAGGAAGACACUUUUUUCAACCAUACAUACAGCUUCUCAGCUUAGUUCUCAUCCUUUUGAUGCAGUUUUGUUUGGAAUGGCAAGAACUGGGUAUUAUCUAUGUGAAAGAGUUUUUAACAAGUGGAAACCCUCAAAGGAGGAGUUUUGUUACCCAGUAGAAUGCCUGGCUCUCACAGUGGAAGAAGUAAUGCAUAUCCGUCAAGUGCUGGUAAAGGCAGAACUAGAGAAGUACCAACAAUACAAAGAUGUCUAUACUGCCCUAAAGAAGGGAAAGCUCUGUUUUUGUUGCCGCACAAGAAGAUUUUCUUUCUUCACUUGGUCCUAUACUUGUCAGUUUUGUAAAAGGCCUGUGUGUUCACAGUGCUGUAAAAAAAUGCGCCUACCGUCAAAGCCAUAUUCCACCCUUCCAAUUUUUUCCCUGGGACCUUCUGCUUUGCAGAAAGGAGAAAGCUUUAUGAGGCCUGAUAAACCUUCCAUCAGCCAUCACAGGUCACUGAAGGGCAUACCAAGGUUGUCCUCAAAGUCAAAGUCUGUAGAUAAACCAAGUGAAGAAGCACUCUUUCCAAAAGAACUCAUGGAGGACUGGAGCACCAUGGAGGUGUGUGUGGACUGCAAGAAAUUCAUUUCGGAAAUCAUUAAUUCAAGCCGCCGUAGCCUCUCUCUGGCUAACAAACGAGCCAGACUAAAAAGGAAAACACAGUCAUUCUACAUGUCAUCUCUGGGCACUUCAGAAUACUGUCCUUCUGAGAGGACUAUCAAUGAAAUCUGAGUCUUGUGCCUUUCUUUUGCUUGGUCUUCAUGAGAUCCUGAGAAAACUCAUUAAAACCAGAAUGUCUUUCUUUCUUUUGUCCUACUUGACCGUUUACAUUUGCAUUAGCUUACUGGUUUCACUGCUCUUUAUAAUUUACAAAAAGAAUCAGAAAUUGGUCUACACAGCAGGCCAGCUAAUAAACUUGUUUUACUGGAGGAAAGCAACUAUACUAGAUUGUUGUCUAUUUGUAUAUGUACAGUACAAUGUACAAAGAAAGUCUUUACUUGUAUUUUUCCCCAUUUUCCCUUAAUCGUUUUUAAGA